ACUACAACCAAGAAGUAGCCAUGCAUUGUAGCGGGUACCUGUAGUCUCAGCUACUUGGAAGGCUGAGGCAAGAGAAUCCCUUAAGCCCAAGAGUUUGAGGUUGCUGUGAGCUGUGACGCUACAGCACUCUACCAAGGGCGACAUAGUGAGACUGUGUCUCAAAAAUAAAAUAAAAAAUUAAAUAAGAAAAACUGGAAGAAAAAAAUGAAUUCAUAACCCUCCUGUUGUUGAUUUAUGUUAAUGGCAUCACCAUCCUACUAGCAAUUCAGGAUCAAAACUUAAUGCCAUGUUCUACUUUAGCCCUUAACCCCCUACAUCUCACUGAGUCAUCUGGAAUCUAACUCUGUAAUGUCAUUUGAAUUCCUCCUGACUAGGCCUCUUCCUAAGACCAUAUGUCGUUGAAGCCCUUGUUGGCUGUUUCAGUCUUUAGUCUGAGUGGAUUCCUGAAGCACAACUGUAACAAUGCCAGUGCUUUGUUCUCAAACCUCAGUGACUCCCAGCUACCUGCAGAAUACCUCAGAAUACCCGGGCUAAGCAUUCAGGAGCAUUCGGGACCUGACUGCCAAUGCUGCCUCUUCUCAUGACUCUCAUGGGCUAAUUAAACUGAACUACAACAUGCCUCAAAUGUUCCUAUUCCAAAUGACAACCUGGCUAACUUUCUGUGGCAGUUUUUUUUUUUUUUUGAGACAGAGUCUCACUUUGUCACCCCUCUGUACAGCGGUGUGGCAUCACAGCUCACAGCAACCUCAGACCCUUGAGUUCAAGUGAUUCUCUUGCCUCAGCCUCCCACAUAGCUGGGACUACAGGCACCCUCCAUAAUGCCUGGCUAUUUUUAAAGACGGAGUCUUGCUUUAGCUGGGGCUUGUCUCCAAUUUGUGAGCUCAGGCAAUCCACCUGCCUCGGCCUCCCAGAGUGCUAGGAUUACAGGUGUGAGCCACUGCACCCCUCCUCUCUGGUACCUUGUUGAAAACUCUUUUGAGGCAUUUAUUUGAUUCUGUUAUUUAUUUUAACUAUUUGGUAACUUGUCUUAGUUCAUUCUACCCUGCAUUAAAUGGUCAGUUCUUCAAAUCAGAGGCUAAAUUUUAUUUAUCUUUGUCUCAGCCCCGCCCAACAUGGACACACAUAGCUGGCACAUUACUAGAGAAACUUGAGUUGAGAUCAAUCAGACUGAGACCUAGUCCAAAAGCCACUCUCUUACCUCUUGGUUAUAGAUUUUUACAGCUGGAGAUUAUCAAGCCAAUCAUCUCAUUUUACAAAUGAGAAAACCAAGGGAAAGAAAGGUGAAAGUUACUUGCCCAGUGUCGCUCAGCUGCGCUUACGCUGCUGUAGUGCCACCACUGCCAGCCUUGUGAUAGGUAGGUCUGUUUUCAUGUUUCCUCUUCCACCCUGGGUAUAAGGCAUCCUAACUUCAACCCCUCGUUUUUUUGGAGCGACUUCAGCUGGUCAGUUCGCUGUGUUGACGGGGAGGGCAGCUAGCUCCAGUGUGUGUGGAGUCUCCCUGCUGCCCGGACGCUAGGUGGCAACACUGCAGACAGGCUCCACCUGAGGCUUCAACAGUGGAACUUAAUGUUAAAGCCAGUCCAACCCCUCGUUUUUUGCAGCAAAAACCCAACAAAACAAAAAGCCCAAGAACCAGAGACAGGAGUGCCUUGCUCAAUGAUUGCUGAGUGAGAAAUCAAAUGAUGCUGUUUGGAAAAGUUUCCUGGCAGUUACGUGGCUUAAAGAAACUCCCAUGGUCAUGUGACUCCAGAUUCUUCUGGGGCUGGUUGAAUGCAGUGUUUAAUAAAGUGGAUUAUGAACGCAUCAGGGACGUUGGCCCUGACAGGGCGGCGUCCGAGUGGCUGCUGCGGUGUGGAGCCACGGUGCGCUACCACGGCCAGGAGAAGUGGCAGAAGGACUACAACCACCUCCCAACGGGCCCGCUGGACAAAUACAAGAUUCAGGCCAUCGAUGCCACCAACUCUUGUAUCAUGAGAAUCGGAUUUGAUCACAUGGAGGGUCUAGAACAUGUUGAAAAAAUAAGACUAUGCAAAUGUCAUUAUAUCGAGGAUGAGUGUUUGCAGAAACUUAGUCAAUUUGAAAAAUUACAGAAAAGCAUAUUGGAAAUGGAAAUAAUUUCCUGUGGGAAUGUCACAGACAAAGGCGUCAUUGCUCUGUGUCAUUUAAGAAACCUCAAAUAUUUGUUGUUAAGUGAUCUUCCCAGAGUAAGAGAAAAAGAAAAGCUUAUCCAAGCCUUGAAGACGGCACUGCCCUCUCUGGAGCUAAAAAUCAUCCUUGAAAUAAAAUAAUAACUGUCUUAUUUAAGUAUAAAAGAUCACUUGAAAUUGUUGAUUCUAAACAGCAAGAAUAUAUAAUCUGGAUGUGAUACCAUGACAUUUUAAAAGUAGAGUCCAUCAUAUGUAGAAAAUAUUCAGUUGUGACUCACAAAAGUUACUAAGUUGGAAGUGAGAAUUUAUGUACAUUAAUUCAUUUUAAGAAAAAAUGCAAACUAGGUAACAUUUUAAUUUGAAUAUAUUCCUCAUUUGAUAAUGAAUAUAUUCCUCAUUUGAUAAAGAAAUCUAUACAGGGAUCUCUUGUAGAUAUUAAUUUAUAGUCCUUUAAAGUGAUUUAACUGCAACAUAGAUAUCUUUUAUUGUAUUAUAACAGUAACAUCUAUUAUAUUUUACUUUUAAGUUACUGAACCAUGUUACUAUAUACAAUUAUGAAAAAUUGGAAAGUAAAUAUGGAUUCCCUGAUGGAGUCACUUAUGCAAAGUAGCCUGUGGGAGGCCUGCCUUUCAUUUGGAUUCCAGGAUUUGCACGCAUCUCUCACAACCCUGUAUUCCUGCGUUAUUACCAUACACCCUUUUUCAAAAUGAAUAGUUGCUGGUUAAUUUGUCUAUUUUGUAAGCUUACACUAGUGUUUUAUUAAUACCUGAGUGAAUUCAAAUAGUUUUGCUAAUUGCAAUAGAAUAAAGGAAAUAAUUGUAAAGACUAGCGGGCUAUGCUUAGGUUUUUCUUAAAUUAAAAAAUUCCUUAAACC